GGCCCUGCGAUUGGCCGCCCCGCGCCCCGCCCCGCCCGGGAUCCCGGGAGCUGUCCGGCCGUCUCGGUGCUGAUCCCGCCGCCGCCCACGGGCCGCGAGCAGCGCUGAAGAGGCACUAUGAGCGGGGGCGUCUACGGCGGAGAUGAGGUGGGUGCGCUGGUCUUUGACAUCGGCUCCUUCUCAGUCCGCGCUGGAUACGCUGGGGAGGACUGUCCCAAGGCUGACUUCCCUACCACAGUGGGGCUGCUGGCCGCGGAGGAGGGGUGCGGGCUGGAGUUGGAGGGGGAGAAAGAGAAGAAAGGGAAGAUCUUUCACAUCGACACCAACGCCCUGCAUGUGCCUCGGGAUGGAGCGGAGGUCAUGUCACCCCUCAAAAAUGGCAUGAUCGAGGACUGGGAGUGCUUCCGCGCCAUCCUGGAUCACACCUACAGCAAACACGUCAAAUCCGAGCCAAACCUGCACCCAGUGCUCAUGUCUGAGGCGCCGUGGAACACACGGGCCAAGCGGGAGAAGCUGACUGAGCUGAUGUUUGAGCAGUACAACAUUCCUGCCUUCUUCUUAUGCAAGACAGCUGUGCUCACCGCCUUUGCAAACGGACGCUCCACCGGCCUGGUGCUGGACAGUGGGGCCACCCACACCACGGCCAUUCCCGUGCACGAUGGCUACGUCCUGCAGCAAGGCAUCGUCAAGUCACCCCUGGCAGGAGACUUCAUCUCCAUGCAGUGCCGGGAGCUCUUUCAAGAAAUGGCCAUUGACAUCAUCCCACCUUACAUGAUUGCUGCCAAGGAGCCCGUACGGGAGGGCGCCCCACCCAACUGGAAGAAGAAGGAGAAGCUACCUCAGGUUUCCAAGUCCUGGCAUAACUACAUGUGCAAUGAGGUGAUCCAGGACUUCCAGGCCUCUGUGCUGCAGGUCUCAGACUCUCCGUACGAUGAGCAGGUGGCUGCACAGAUGCCCACUGUGCAUUACGAGAUGCCCAACGGCUACAACACAGACUACGGUGCUGAGCGGCUCCGCAUCCCCGAGGGCCUGUUUGAUCCCUCCAAUGUCAAGGGCCUCUCGGGGAACACCAUGUUAGGUGUGGGCCACGUGGUGACCACCAGCAUCGGCAUGUGUGACAUCGACAUCCGCCCGGGCCUGUAUGGCAGUGUCAUUGUCACCGGGGGGAACACACUGCUUCAGGGCUUCACUGACAGGCUCAAUCGAGAGCUUUCCCAGAAGACCCCACCGAGCAUGCGGCUGAAACUCAUCGCCAGCAACAGCACCAUGGAGCGCAAAUUCAGCCCCUGGAUUGGAGGCUCCAUCCUGGCCUCACUCGGCACUUUCCAGCAGAUGUGGAUCUCCAAGCAGGAGUACGAGGAAGGCGGGAAGCAGUGCGUGGAGCGGAAGUGCCCCUGAGGCUCCU